UUCACGUUCACUCCUCCAAACUGGCGCUAGGUUUUUAAAAACCGCGAGCAGGUCGACAAUGGCGGAUGGAGAGAUUCGAGAGGUGAAGCUCGACAAGGAGAGCGAGCUCAGGAUCGAGGUUGCCCCCGAAUCGCCUCUCCGCCUCCGCCUCCUCGCCGGCUCCGCCGAGAUCUUCGGCACCGAAAUUCCCCCCAAAAUCUGGAUGACCUUUCCUCCCGCUCUCAAGUUCGCUGUUUUUACAUGGUAUGGAGCCACAAUUGAAAUGGAUGGAAAUACUGAAACUGAUUAUACAGCAGAUGAGACACCUAUGGUCAGCUAUGUAAAUGUGCAUGCUAUAUUGGAGGGACGUAGACUUCAUGCAAAAGCAUCACCUAGUGAUUCUGAUUCUUCUCAGGGUCCUAGAGUAAUUGUGGUGGGACCUGCAGAUUCUGGAAAAAGUACCUUGUCAAGGAUGCUUCUUAGUUGGGCAGUGAAGCAGGGAUGGAAACCGACUUUUGUGGAUCUGGACAUUGGCCAGGGGUCUGUAACCAUUCCUGGAUGCGUUGCAGCUACUCCAAUGGAAUUGCCAAUUGAUCCAGUGGAAGGAUUCACUCUUGAAAUGCCGCUUGUUUAUUUCCAUGGACACACAAACCCUAAUGUCAACUCAGAUUUGUAUAAGAUCCUUGUGAAGGAGCUUGCUCGGACUCUUGAGAGACAAUUUGCUGUUAAUAGUGAAUAUCGAGCUGCAGGCAUGGUAAUCAAUACCAUAGGGUGGAUAGAAGGAGUUGGUUAUGAGUUGCUUCUGUACUCAAUUGAGACAUUCAAUGCCAAUGUUGUCCUGGUUUUGGGCCAGGAGAAACUCUGCAGCAUGCUCAAGAAAGAUGUUCUGAAAAGCAAGCGUAAUAUUGAUGUUGUGAAACUUCAGAAAUCUGGCGGGGUUGUAUCCAGGGAUCAAAAACUCCGUCUAAAAGAUAGGAGCUACAGGAUAAGGGAAUACUUUUAUGGCCUUGCCAAUAAUCUUUCCCCGCAUUCCAAUAUUGCAAACUUCAGCGAUUUCGCUGUUUAUAGAAUUGGUGGUGGACCACAGGCCCCACGCUCGGCCCUGCCAAUUGGUGCGGAGCCUGCUGCAGACCCUACAAGAUUGGUUCCUGUGAAUAUCAGCCAGGAAUUGCUCCAUUCAGUUCUUGCUGUUUCAUUUGCCAAAGAACCAGAUCAAAUUAUUUCGAGCAAUGUUGCUGGAUUCAUCCAUAUCAUGGACGUAGAUAUUCAGAGGAGGAAAAUUACGUAUCUUGCGCCCUGUGCCGGGGAACUCCCUAGCAGAAUCCUGAUAAUGGGAGACUUGACAUGGCUGGAAACGUAGAGAGAGGCUCUCAAUACAUGACCGUCUCAUUUGUGAGUGAAACUCUUCAUCAGUUUAUAAACGUUCUUACAUUCCCCCAUGUGUGCGCGUGUAUGUUAGUAGUCCGUUGUACAGACUAAGUAGAAGGAAGAAGAGGGUGGGUAGAGGAGGCUACUACUAACCCCAACUUAGAUGCUAGGUUUUUGGUUUGAAACGACUAUCAUCAUCAGUUGGGUGUCCAAAGAGAUGGGAUUCAUUUCUUAAUUAAGUCCUACAGUCCCCUAGUUUGGGUUUACCAUGACACAAGAUAACAUUUUCUUCUACAAAAUUUCUCUCCUGGCAUUCUAGGGUCCUUUUCCAGUUGAAGUGAUUAGGAGUAAGCAAAAUUUUGGUUAAAUUGAAUUAACCGAACUGGAUCGUCCAAAAUUGGUGGUUCAGUUUAGUUCGAUUUGUAGUUCGGUUUGAUUCGGUUUUUAAAUUUGA